AUGGAAGGAAAGUUUCUUCCAACGUCUAGCUGCUUUAUUCCGCCGAUCAGCGAGGAAAUGAUCCUGGUUAUCAAGGAAGCGUUCAGGUCCCCCGCGAGCCAAGUUCUCGUAGAUGUCUCGAGACAAGCCGUUACGCGCGCGGAUCUCGAGACUCUGCUAGGUCUGAAUUGGCUGAAUGAUGCCAUCAUUAAUGUGUAUUUGAACCUCAUAGUUAAUCGGAGCAAAGAAGCCCAGAAGCUCCCCAAGGUCUACGCAUUCAACACUUUUUUCCUGACGCGCUAUAUCGAGAUGGGCUACAGUGCCGUUCGUCGAUGGACCAGGCGCGACGAUAUUUUUGCACACGACAUCCUCCUCGUGCCCGUCCACUUGGGCAUGCACUGGUGCAUGGCCAUCGUUGAUCUGCGAGUCAAGCAAAUCAAAUACAUGGAUUCGAUGGGAGGUCGGAACGACGCGUGUCUGGCAACUCUCUUGGAAUAUUUGAGCCAAGAGAUGAGCGACAAGAAGAAUUCUCAACUCGACGCCGGGCAAUGGCUCCUCACCAACAUACAGAACCUGCCACAGCAACAGAACGGCUCCGACUGCGGCAUGUUCGCUCUCAAGUAUGCUGAUUUUGCAGCCAAAGACGCGGAAAUCAAUUUCACGCAGAACGACAUGCCGUAUUUUCGACGAAGAAUGAUGUUCGAAAUCCUACGGUCGAGCAUUCUCCCAAGCGGAUAUGGGGAGAAGUGAACUCAUUCCUGUCAACGUCCUCGCGAAGCGCACAUCGGUCCGUACCGUUUCUCCAGAUCGGAGACUUUCGGUAUUUCAUGAAGGGCUGACACACAUGUAUGUAUCUGUGGAAUAUCAACUGCUAGGCUCUCAACACAGCAGCUCGAGCUGUCGACGACAUCGCC